AUGAAGUCAGCCUUACUCCUCCUCCUACCCUUGGUCUCGGCCGAAGGCUGUCCAUACGCCGCCGCCAACAAGCGUGAUCUUUUCGGUCGGCAAGCCGAGUCGUCCGAAUCCUCCCUCCAGACACUGUCCAGCUCUUUCGGGAAGUGCUCGGCUCUCAGUGAUGCGGCCGGGGGAGGCACCCGCAGCGCCGAUCUGUGGCCCUGCGCCCUGAAGCUUAACGUCCUCCGUCAAUUUUCCGCCGAACAGAACCCCCUCGGCGGCGACUUUGACUAUGCCGCUGCCUUUGCCACGCUGGACUACGAUGCGCUCAAGGCAGAUCUCAAGGCCUUGAUGACCGACUCCCAGCCGUGGUGGCCCGCCGACUUUGGCCACUAUGGUGGGUUCUUCAUCCGUAUGGCCUGGCAUUCCGCGGGAACCUAUCGCUCGAUAGAUGGCCGCGGAGGUGGUGGAAUGGGCCAACAGCGUUUCGCACCGCUCAACAGCUGGCCCGACAACAGCAACCUCGACAAGGCCCGUCGUCUGCUACUACCCAUCAAGCAGAAGUACGGCCGCAAGAUCUCCUGGGCCGACCUGAUCCUCCUCACCGGCAAUGUCGCACUCGAGGACAUGGGAUUCCCGACUAUCGGCUUCGGUGCUGGCAGACCAGACGUCUGGCAGUCGGACGAGAGCGUGUACUGGGGAUCCGAGACAACCUUGAUGCCGCAGGGAAACGACAUCCGGUACAACGGAUCGACCGAUUAUGAAGCACGCGCAUCUCAGCUCCAAAAGCCUCUCGCUGCUACCCACCAGGGUCUUAUCUACGUCAACCCCCAGGGUCCGGAUGGGAACGGCGACACCAUGCAAUCGGCUCUUGAUAUCCGCACGACUUUUGAACGCAUGGGCAUGAACGACUCGGAAACAGUAGCUCUCAUCGCUGGGGGCCACGCAUUCGGAAAGUGCCACGGAGCUGGAGAAGGCAACUCGGGUCCGCCUCCUGCCGGCGCUCCCAUGGAACAACAAGACUUCGGAUGGACCAGCAGCUUCGGAUCCGGUGUUGGCGAGGAUGCUGUUACCAGCGGUCUGGAGGUCAUCUGGUCUGAAACCCCGACCAACUGGUCCAACAACUACUUGAUCAGUCUGUACAAGAACAAUUGGACCGCGACCACGAGUCCUACCGGAGCCAAACAAUUCGAGGCUGUUAAUGGUCCCCUGACGUACCCAGAACCUUUUGGAACCGGUAAACGCCGCCCUUCGAUGUUGGUCAGUGAUCUUGCUAUCAAGGACGAUCCGAUCUAUGGAGAAAUCACCAAGGCCUGGUCCGAAGACCUUCCGGCGCUCACGCACGCCUUUGCUCAUGCAUGGUUCAAGCUUACCCACCGUGAUAUGGGACCGCGUGUCCGAUACCUUGGUCCGGAAGUCCCAGCAGAGUCAUUCUUGUGGCAGGACCCCCUGCCCUCCACAGGCGCUUUCCAGCUCUCUGCUGCGCAACAGACGCAGCUCAAGAACAGGAUUCUCACUACCCCUGGCUUGAGCAUCUCCUCGUUGGUGUCUGUUGCAUGGGCCUCGGCCUCGACCUACCGAGACGGCGACAAGCGUGGAGGUGCUAACGGAGCUCGCAUCGCACUGGAGCCCCAGGUUUCGUGGCCAGUCAACAACCCGAAGCAGCUCAAGACCGUCCUUGAUGCCUUGAAAGCUAUCAAGGCCAGCUUCAAGAGUGUUUCACUGGCCGACCUAAUUGUUCUUGGAGGCAACGCCGCAGUCGAGCAUGCUGCAGCUCUCGCCGGCCAAACGAUCAGCGUCCCAUUCACCCCAGGCCGUGUCGAUGCCACCCAAGAGAAUACCGACCUGCACAGUUUCGAAUUCCUCAGACCGCAAGCUGACGGCUUCCGCAACUUCCGCAACACCACUGGGUGGGCCAUCUCUCGCACCGAGGAGCUCCUGGUCGACAAGGCCCAACAACUGAAGCUUACGGCCCCUGAGCUGACCGUGUUGGUUGGAGGCAUGCGCGCCCUCAACGCCAACUUUGACGGCUCCUCCGUCGGCAUCUUGACCACCACCCCCGGUAAGCUCAACGCCAACUUCUUCAAGAACCUGCUGGACAUGAACACGGCCUGGUCGGCCGACGCCUCCGGGGAGCUCUUCACCGGCUCCGAUCGUGCCUCGGGCCAAGAGAAGUGGACCGCCUCCCGCGCGGACUUGAUUUUCGGAUCGCACGCCGAACUGAGAGCCAUCGCCGAGGUCUACACCGAGGCUGGAUCCGAGGCGCAAUUCGUGUCCGACUUUGCCCGGACUUGGGCCAAGGUCAUGGACCUCGACCGCUUCGACGUCAAGAAGGCAUAA